GUGGAAUUGCCACAUUCUCAAUAUUGUGUGCGCACAUUGACCUGCUCCAAGCGCUGGCCGCCGAUCCUGCUGCCGUGCUGUGCUCACUCUGCUUGCCGCGUCCUUCGAGGGCGAUGAUGUUUAGGGAAGUCGAUGUUUGAGGGUACGGUAACCUUUAUGCGGGUCCACCAAUCAGAAGCCGCGCGAAAGUCCAAUAUGUUACUCGACGGCUCGCAUUGCAUUUUUACUUGUUGAUCCAUGCAUUUUUUGCAGAUGGGAUGGGUGUACAACAAUACGACCGACAUACAACAUACAUUACAAUACAAUACACGCUUCCAUUGGAAUUCCAUCCUCUAUUGGACCGUCGCCAUCUUAUCGCAUCUCGUGCUCGAGUAGUCGUCCAUUCACUGAUAUAUCGAAAGUCCAAUCGUGUCUCGUAAACCGCUUCACCCUUUACAUUUCCAGAGCGAAACGGCCAAAAAAGGUACUAGGCAUUUAAUCCUGGACACCCUCACUGCCUGCUGGUGGGAACCUUUACUCUCCGACUUUUCCAAGCUCCAUCCACCCAUCCAUCAAUCCACCAUAUUAUAUAUAUUACUUUCACACGCCAACACUCUCCAGUAUCAACAUGGAGCCCCCUACAUAUUCCACGCGCUCUAAGCGCAAAUCAUCAGAAUUAGAACCCAAUUCACCACCCCUUUCCAAAAAAUCACGAACAUCACUUGAUCUUCCACCUUCUUCUCCAUUAUCUUCGCCUUCUUCCACGUCAGCUGACCCCGUCUUGGCUCAAAGUUCAAUGGACUCUGAAAAUCUUGAUCUCGAUGCCAACAUCCCUCCUCGGGGCGGUUUUCGCGGGAGAGGUCGUGGGCGCGGUAGAAUUCGUGGCGGAGGGAGAGUUGGGAGAAAUGGUACUGCAAAAAUCCCGGUUGCGAGGGCGGGUGGUGCAGAGAUUCUGGCGGGCGCGGCGGGCGGAAAAGCUACUCGUGGGAGAGGUGGCCAUCGAGUGAAAAAAUCAAGUAAUGCGAGGAUACAGAGUUUGUAUCAUCGGAAACAAUUACUGAAAACUCAGUAUAAACAGGUGGCGUUGUUGCAGAGGGUCGCCUUGGAUGUCAUCUCAGAUAAAUCCUUGCAGGCCAUGAGUGAGGAUCCAAAAUACCAUGAGACGUUACCAGAGUAUCAGAUGGUGAUGGAUCAGUUGGCUGAGAGAUAUGAAGAGAGAGUUGCGCUGUUGAAAGAACAACGUAGGAUUCAAUUGGAAUAUGCGAAGAAGCAGAGGCAGUUUGGAGAGGAUUACACUAGAGGGGUCUACGAGACACGAGUAGAAUUGAUUCAGGAGAAGUAUGAUUUGAUGAUCAAGAGAAGACUUAUUGAAGAAUAUCAACAAAUGGAAGCUCGAUAUGGUGCUGACAGUCCUUCUCAGCACAAUUUUGAUCAUUCACACAUCAAAAGAAUUCCCGAAGAAACUUUUAUUCACCCUGCUGAUGCGUGGGUCAAUGGCGGUCGUGCUGCACAGCUUGCUGCUGAAGCGGAAAAAGAGAAGGGGAAAAAGCGGGGCGGUCGUGGAAAGAAAUCCACAAAAUUACCUGCAUCCCCAUUCAAACCUUUGGAUAUCAUGAUGCCGGAUGAUAGUGAAGUCGCGCCCAAGAAGACGGCUUUGUAUCAACCUGCGACUUCGUUGUCUCUCGCCACUACUGUGGAUGGAGAUUCUGCAGCUCCCACCCCAGCCGAGUUGACCGAACAAGAAGAUGCAGAUGAGCUCGAAACUGACAAGUUUGGAGUUUACAUUCCUAAUAAAGCAAGACCGAGAAAUGGCGAUCCACCUAACAAUCGCAUAGUGGUUGAACCUCCAUUUACUUUCGAUCCAGAUGAAAUAGGUAUCCGUCAUCACCAUUACAAAAAGUACAACAAGAACGACCUUCCUACAUUUAUUGGAAUGGACCCUUCUCCACAACCAAAGACUUUUCAUUAUGAUCCGUGGGUGAGGAAUCAUCAUUCUACGAACAAUCGACCAGAAGACUUGGAUCAGACAAUAGUCGAGACUCACAAAUUACAUCCGACUUUGGGUUUACCUGUGAAAGGUUCUAUAAAUCCUACACUUACUACAAGGAGUGAUUGGAGUAAGCCUGUAGCAGAGACCAAACCCGUUGUCUUUGUUGUCGAAACUCGAGAUGAAGAAUCACUCAAGCCAAAAUAUGAGACUUCUCGAUCAGCAUGGAUGGCACGUACCGAAAGGGAAUUUGCGGAUCUUGGCGAUCAGCUCAAGAUGGCUGAAUCAUUAGAAGCGAUUGGACUUCGUGAUCCUAUCCUUCGUCCGAUCGAAAAGAAGGUUGAGCCACAAAUCAUUGGCAAGAUUAGCGACGAUCUGAUGGAAGCUGUAUCGGAGGCGGUAAAUGUCUUAAACAAGCCCGUCCCUCCAACAUCAUCCUCAAUUAGAGCAACGUCCACAGCUCCUCCAACUUCGAUACCUGGAACGCCUGCACCGACACAAAGAACACAAGGUUAUGACCCAGUCCGUGAUACUGGAUACUCCCCUCAUUUACGUCGAUCUCCAGUCAGAACUUUCAGCAACAAAACUUUAGAUAUCCUCGCCAAUGCAGCCGAAUUUCAUGGGGCGUCAGUGUCUCGUGGGGGGCUGCCGCAACCAAUUAUUCCAGCUCCAAGGCCAAUGCAACAAAUCCAAUACACUUUUUCCCAACCAGAAUUUUAUAGACCACCUCCAGCAUAUGUACCUCCACCCCCACAUAUGACUCUCCCACCACCUUUACCUAUGACUCUUCCCCCUCCUCCUCAACCGCUUCAGCAACAAACGCAAUUCUUUCAAUAUGCAGGUCCUCCACAGGCUCAAGGUGGUCCUCAUAAUAAAUAUAAAGAGAUUCUUCCUGCACCACCACAACCACAAAGACGCGUGCCGCCACCUUCACUACCUGUGCCGCGAAGUAAUGGAUUUAAUCCAUUUGUGAAUGGGACAGGGUAUGGGAAUGGUUCGGGAAGGGGUCCUUGAGAUGAUGAGAUACCAGGAAACUUAUUCAAAAAAGGAUCAACUACGUAAUCUUGGAUAUAUAGUUUUGAGUGCUCAUUCACCUCACGCGCUCUUCAGUUUGCCUUAUUUGAAAGUUCACGGGCGUUUUUAAUAGUGGUGCAUUUAUUCUUCAUAAUUUUCCUUUCUUCUCUGUAUCAACAAAACAAACAAUUUCAUUGUUUUUCUGGUUCCAUCAAUGAGAUGGGUGCAAAGUUCGGAAUCCGGAGUCUUUCCGACGGUCAUAUAUACACAUUCAUGAGUUUAUCUCGGAAAUUAAGAAAUUGGAAUCGGAUUGGUUGAUAAUAAAAUAAUAGUAAACAUUAUUGGGGCGGAGUGUAGUUAUAAAAGUUUUGGUUUUAAAAUUUUUGGAUACUUUGGGGGGUUUGAUGAGGGAAAUUGGGGGGAUGGAAGAAGUGGUGGAGAGGGUGGGAUGGGAUGGGAUGCGAGAUGGAGGACGGGGAAAACAAUGAUUAUAGUGUUUAUAUUAGAGUAGCAAAUGGAAACCUUUUUUUUUUUCUUACUCUUUUUCUUGAAGAUUUUGAAAGGAGGUAGGGGGAGGGGUUGAUGUGAUAUAAUGUAUGCUUUUUGAAUGGGAAUGUGAAUGUGGAGAUGGAGAUGGAGAUGGAUGAGGAAGUGGAUAAGGAUUCUUGAGGGGAGGGAGAAGAGUGUGAUGAGAUGGUAGUUGGACUUGGAAUUUUUAUUUAUUUGAUAUAUAUAUAUAUAUAUAUAUUGAUAGGAGGGUGAGAGAGAGAGAUUGGGUGGAUUAAAAGCUAUAGAUGUGUAUUGAUGGGAUAGGGGAUAGGGGAUAGAUCGCACCGCAUUGCACCGCAUUGCAUUGCAUUGGACUGAAUUAAUUCACUCA